AUGGAAAAUUACCUAACUGCAUUUUUUUUGUUGUUAAAAAGCGUUUUAUCCAAUUCGAACCGUGUUAGAACGAGCCCCCCGGGGAGGUACCUACUUUUUUUCGUUUUCCUCAAUACAUUAGUUGCAACAAAAUGGAUAACUGGGGGGAAGGGCCACUCUAAUUGGAACUUCAUUAGAAGGGCAACUGCCCCAAGGAGAACAAAAUUUGUGCUAAAGAGUGGCAACAAAAGAAGUGCUGAUAAUAUAUCGCGGGUAAAAAAACAGCAUUCAAAGGACAGUGACAGAAGGAAGAACAUUGUGUUAAUCCAGAGGGGAGUAAACAGAGACGAAAACAGAAUAAGAUAUACAGGAAACAUUUUACAAAGUGAUAGCAACGUCCAGGAAAUAGAGCACCUGAGUAACCUCCAAAAGAAUGUCAUCUAUCUGCUAGAACGGAACAAUAACAUUCUAGUACAUGCCAAAACGUCCAGCGGAAAAACAACCAUCUGCCUACUUUACCUCAUUUUGAAGUUCUAUUAUAAAUCAGAAUUCGUGUUCGAGGAAGAUAUAGAAAGGGAAAAGUAUUUGAGCAGUGAUGAAUACCUAAAUAGCUACAGGAGAAUGCUUCUUCUAAAUGAGAAGAGGAACAAGGUGCACAGGAAUAAACUCAAGUACACCCCGUUUAGUGAAAAGUAUGCUCAAAUAUGUGACAUCCGGGAGGACACAGAUUUGUUGAUGGAGCAAAGGGCCAAGAAUGUUUUAAAAAAAGGAGAAAAAAUUCUUAUCUUGUGCCCGUCUAAGGAACUUUGUGUUCAAAUUUCGCAGAAUAUUCUGUCUCUGAUGAGUGGCAAGGACGACGGGGCAAUUCGGCUCUUCAUCGAUAAGGAUGGAAAAGAGGAUAAUAAUCCGUCGAAGUGUGCUUCAGCUGCGAGCUCAUCAAACGAUGAAGAAGCGAAAGGAAGAAGUGCAGACAUAGGGGGAGUCCCCACAUUACCCAAAUGUGGCAACACAAAUGACUUAUCCAAAAGGGCUACCAACUUAAGGGACAACCUUUUCCUGAUAGGCACGCCUAUCUGUUUUAAAAACUUCCUUUUAAGCUUAUCUAAGGAGAACUUGAAGGCCUUUUUGCAAAGCAUAAAGUAUGUAUUCUUCGACGAAAUAGAUAGGAUGUUUCCUGCCUUAAAAACGAGAAAAUCACGGGGAACGAAAAAUAGUACAAAGAAAAAAACGGCCUAUUUUAUCCUAGAAACGAUUAUGUAUAUGAAUAAGAAGAACCUCGUUUUUGUGGGCUGUUCUAGUACCCUAAAUAGGGAACUGCACAGGAGAAUAUUCAAGCUUUUGAGCUUGAACAGAAAUAACGCCAAGAAGAAAAUUUAUCUACUGCGGGAGAGCAACAGCUCUUCGAAUGAAGGUUCCAGUGGUGGAGAUGGUAACACUGUGGAUGCGAUACAUCUGGAUAGUCCUUCCUGGGGUGACUCCUCUGAUGAACCUCCAACGAGUGAUACAAACCAAACGCGAGGGGAUACCCCUGGGGGUGAAAAAUGCGUGACCACGUCUUACCAAGAAAAGGAAGACACCCACGUUGAUGAUUACGCCGAUGAGGAUGAACGGGAAUGCCUAUUCUCCCCGAAUGGUGAGGAUACGUCCCUGCAAAAGUACGUAAUAAAAGUGAGGCUCCCGAACAGCAUACGCCACCUUUACAGCGUAGUGAACGACCAACUCUACAGCAGCAAAAUGGAAGAGGCAUACAAAAUCGUAAAACAUUUUAAAAAUAGAAAAGUGCUAAUUCUAGUUAAAAAUGGAUUCUCCCUACUGAAUAUAAAGAGGUACCUAUCCGAAAGGAACAUUUUUUCUGUGCUUCUACAUGAGGAAUUGCAAAUAUCGCUCACGGGAAAUAACAACCACCUGGACAGAAUGUGCCAACAGUAUGCACACAUAAAAGAUUUAAAGGAGACAGUUCUACAAAAUGAGGAAGAGGAAGAGACAAGGAAAGAAUAUAUAAAUAAGUACCCCGUUAUUAUAAGCUCCUUUGAUAGCAUUCGAGGUUUCCACAUUAAUAACUUAGAAUUCGUUUUGUUGUGCAGUAGGCCCAAAAAUGUAAAUGAGUAUAUCCACCUGAGCGGUAGGGUUGGAAGGCGGAACAACAUCGGUUAUUCCAUUCUGUUGGAAGACGAAAGGAAUGUCAAUAUUGUAACAAAUUGGUUGACGAACAUUCGGGUGCGUUUUUCCAAAUUGGCACUAAACGGGGGUACCCACACCGAGGCCACGAACACGGAUCAAUCGGAACAAGCUGAGCAGAGUGAGCAAAAUGGGACAACGCCAGACACAGAUCGCGGAAAAGAAAAUUUUAACUACAUCACAUCGUGCAUAAUGGAUGAGCUGAAUGAGGACCUUUCGUGA